CUACAUGGUUUGCUCUAUUUUCAUCUAGUCGUCGCAUUUCGUUUGGACCAGAUACCCAAUAGCUGUAUUUGGCAGCUCAGUUGCCCAAUAGCUUGCUAGUUUCUGCAAAUACCCGCAUCGUACUCGUCACUCUGCAUAGGGAGCAACUGAGAUAGUUUUUUAAAUCACGGGCAAGACGUGCUUUUCGCGCGCACCGACGGAAUAUGUCGGAUCAAGGAGGAAUUUCGUAUAGUCCUGCCCGGGUCAAUCCAUUUGCAAAUGUCCAAGUAGCUAGCUACCCAGAGCACGUUCAGGUAGCUAACUACUCGCAAAUAAUAUAUCUUGAUACUCAGGAGUCAGAAGAAGAAAAAGAGCCCGUAGAACAAGGGCAUGAGCCGGAAUACGAUGUAAAUGAAGAGCAGUUUGAGCCUCCAGCACCCCACAGAUCCCCGCCCGCGAUAUCUUCACCCACGAUAUCCUCACCCCCCAUAGCAUUACAUAAGACAAAGAAAGAAAAGGAUAAACCACCUACACCAAAAGAACCUAGUCCAGAGAAGCAGCCUAGUAAACCACUCACAUCAAAGCAAAAGAAGCAAGCCAAAAAGAAGGAAAAGGAAAAGGCUAAAAAGGGGGCGAAAAAUGCGGCGAAGAUGACGCCAAACACAGGAUCAUCAGAACCCCCACCCCCUCCAGCAUCUGAAGCUAUUCCAGCCGAGCCUUCUACAGACGAGGCUAAUAAGUCAGAGGAUACGGCCCCAUCGCUACAGUCGACUGACUCGAACUCACCUAACCCCCCUAACCCCCCUGAGCCCUCUGAGCCUCCUGAACCCCCUGAACAGCCUAAUGAGAAUGAAGCAGUAGAAGUGACGGAUAAACAGGCAGGAAAGGUUGAGACCAUAUUGUCGGCCGAAUCAGAAAGCAUACCUUCAAGUGGACAGUCUAAUGAGCUAGAGGCAAGGGAGCCGGCUUCGGAAACUGCUGAGGUUUCCGAGUCUCCUCAAUUAGAGAAAUCAGAUGUAGCUGCUCAUACACAUCCGAUCAGUACUGCCGAGAGCGAUGCACCUACGGAUAUACAAGAGGCUGACGCACCAGCCCUUAGUACUGAGGAAUCUAAACCCGAUACAAGCGAGCAAGGUGCAGACGUAGCCAGUGAAACUAACAGAGAGCUUCUCGGUGAAGAUAACGACCAAGAGACCACACCAACCACAGACGUAGGAGCUAUAUCGGAGCCUCAAACGGGGGAAGCCGCGGAUGAGCCAGCAGUUGAGCCUGAGAAUGCUGAGCCUGAAAAGUUGAAAGAUGUCCCCGAGGAGAAUUCAAAAGAAACUCGGCCGCUGCCGUCGAGAUAAACGAGCCCCUUGGCGGGCCAAGUGCGGAUACGAAAACGGUUCAGGAAAGCGACGAAGCGGGACAGGUGGCCGAUACACAAAAAGUUGAAACGCUUGAGGGUGUCAAUGAGACACUACCAGACGGGAAUCCUACCAAUGGCACAGGCGAAACCCUCGAGAAGUCCGAGGACCCUCAAGAUCCUAAAACAGAAUCAAACGAUGAGAAUACUACGACUGAAGAGGAAGCACCAUCACCUAACAACAAAGAUGAGCU